AACAGUAGAGAAGGAGAAAAAACCACAGGGAAAAGCAAAGCAGAGCACUCUUUACCUCUUCUUCUCUUUCCUCUACUCUGUGAUCAAGAAAUUAUCAUUAAUAAAUAAAAGAAAUUUUUUAAUAGAAGACAAAAAAAACCUAGAUAUCUCCGCCUCUCUCCUUUCUCUGAUGAUAAGAAAGUCGGAGACUUUGAGAAUCUAAGCUUGGAAGUUUCUUAAUCUUAUUGGGGGAAUCGAAUCGAGUUAUGUACAAGGAUCGGAGUGGAGGAAUAAUGGGUGGUGGUGGAUCGUCGAGAUCGGAGAUCCUCGGUGGAGCUAUUGAUCGGAAACGGAUCAAUGAUGCUUUAGACAAACAUCUGAAGAAAUCUUCACCUUCCACAUCGAGGGUUUUAACUUCUAAAGACAAAGAUUCCUUCCCUUCAACUUCCACUGCUAAAUCUCAGCUUCCCGAUCAUCGCCAUUCUCGCUCACCUGAAGUCGAAUCUGAAACGGAUAGUGAAGGAUCAGAUGUGAGUGGUUCGGAAGGUGAUGAUACAUCGUGGAUCUCGUGGUUCUGUAAUUUGAGAGGGAACGAGUUUUUCUGUGAAGUAGAUGAAGAUUACAUACAGGACGAUUUCAAUCUCUGUGGAUUGAGUGGUCAAGUUCCUUACUAUGAUUAUGCACUUGAUCUCAUAUUAGAUGUUGAAUCAUCAAACGGUGAUAUGUUUACUGAAGAGCAAAAUGAGAUGGUGGAAUCAGCUGCUGAGAUGUUGUAUGGUCUUAUUCAUGUUCGUUACAUUCUCACCACCAAAGGAUUGGCUGCUAUGAUGGAGAAAUACAGGAACUAUGAUUUCGGGAGAUGCCCGAGAGUUUACUGUUGCGGGCAGUCUUGUCUUCCGGUUGGGCAAUCUGAUAUCCCGAGGUCGAGCACGGUGAAGAUAUUCUGCCCAAAAUGCGAGGAUAUCUACUACCCGCGAUCUAAAUACCAAGGCAACAUUGAUGGAGCUUACUUUGGGACUACCUUCCCACAUUUGUUUCUCAUGGCCUAUGGGAACAUGAAACCGCAGAAGCCGACUCAAACUUACGUUCCUAAAAUCUUUGGCUUUAAGGUACACAAGAAGCAAUGAUACUCUCUCUCUCCGAUGAGUUUGGUACCCAAAUUUUGGAGUGCCACCGAUGAAUGACCAGACGAUUUGCAAGCGAUGCGGUUCAGCAACUUUUACUCUUGAGAUUUUUUGUUUGUAAAAUCAGCAUCGUAUCUUGAGUUUCUUGUGUUCACAUCAUUAUUCAAUCUCAAUUUUGUACUCUUCAAUUCUAAAUAGAUCGCUUGUUACAGUGUUUACUACUAUACACAAUCUGAAAGAUCAACGACUUGCGUAUAAA